CAGAAAAAAUAUUCUUGGAUGUAUUUUUCUAAAUCUUAAGUCUUUAUUACAAAUAUUUUUUUCUAUUUAAAUACUGAUCAAUUAUUUAAAGAAAAUUUACGAAUCACAAUGAAUAAGAAUACUAAUAAUAAUCGUAACCAUAUUGUUACUGGUAGUUUCAGUAGCAGAAAGAUUAUCAAGUCAAAUUCUCAUUCACCGUAUUCAUUCUGCAAUAACAAUACUAAUAAUAGUAAGAGCCAUCAAAAUAUAAAAAUGGGUGAAUUGAAAAAUACAUCACCUUGUACACCUGGAACUACAUACAAUUCACAACAUAGGAUAUUACCAAUUGUGAGAACAGUUUACUUUUAUCAAGACAACGAUUUGGACAACAGAAACAGUGGUAUACGUCUAGCUAUUCAACCGAAUCACUAUCGAAGUGUAGAGGCACUUCUAGAAGAAUUGACGGGUAAAAUGUCGAAAGUUGCAUGUAACGGUCAGUGGAUGUAUGCACCAAAACUGAUGAAUAAGGUGAACUCGAUGAAUGACAUACACCAAAGUAGUUAUCCUGGAUCAUCUGACUAUACAUUGAAAUCAAGGGGUAUUUCAUUGGACCGAAGAUCAACGAAUAAAACUAAUCGUGUGACGGACUAUAAACCAACGCCACUAUCUUCCUCAACAUCAUAUAACAAAUUAGCACUGCAUAACUGUUCAUCAUAUUCAUCAAAGUUGGAGCUGAAUAACCUCAAUAGUAGCAGUACCGUAUUAAACAAAACAGCCAACUUCAUUCAUCUACCAACAUUAGACACACUUAUUGUGGACUCAGAUGACGCUACUUUCUGGAGACAGUUGAAGCAAGUUAAGCGUAUAUAUGUACGUUUGAAUGGACAACCACGUACAUAUAAACCAGUGUUGAUUAGAAGAAGGUACAUUAAAACGCUUGAUCAAGUAUUACAAGAAUUAAGCGAAUUAUUCAAAAUCCCGAUACACAAAGUUUAUACAUUAGAAGGUGUAUUAAUUGAGACUUUGGGAGAAAUACUAGAUGGUCCUAGUGAGUUUGUAGCAGCUGGCCUAGAACGUUUUCGUCCAAUCGACUCAAUAAAACAGCAGAGUAAAUACUGCAGCCGCAGUGCAAGUCGUACGAGGCAUUCAACCAGAUCACCAAAUAGUUCGGUAUUACAUCCCUUAAAACAACCCUAUGAACAGUUCAGUAAAGUCUGUAGUUCAGAUGGUGGAUACGUCGUUUGUCAGGUAUUCAUAAAAUCUGGUCAGCAUGACCCACAGACAGGUGAAGUGUAUUCAAAUACUUGUACAGCAAAUCCAACAAUUACAAUCUGUAAUAAACAUCAAUCCACACAGCCUAUAUUACUGAGAUCGGCAUAUAUUUGUACAUUAAGUCCGAACAACGGUAGCCCACCAAUUGAACAAAAUAAUGAAACAAAUGGAUCUAAUGCAACAAGCAAAACAUUACCUGGGCCGUUUUGUGCAGGGAGUAUCGAUUAUUUUGAAAUACCUUUAAAUGAUUUCGGUGAAAUCGACAAGAUACGCUUAAAUCACGAUGGUUACGGGGAAUACCCUGAAUGGCUACCUGAAGAAAUAUGCUUAAGGCUAAUACCGAAUACUCCUAACACGACAAAUAGUUCAUUAAAAGUGUGUGCUCAGAACUCCUCAUGUUUGGAUAAACCAUCAAAUAAUGAAGAAGAAAGCAAUUUGUCGUCACCAGAUGUUCCAGCUUAUGAAAUCUUAUUCCCAUGUAUGAGAUGGUUAUCACGUUUCAAAGCAGACGGUAGUUUGGUGCGUGAAAUUGCUGCACCUGGAACACAGACACCUGAUCAAGGGCCUUCAUUUGGACGGAUACUUAAAGUAUAUCCUUUAGAUAUUACAACAUUAUUUAAUCAAGAAGAAAGAGCCCCAGGUAAGUUGAAUGAAGAAACUAUUGCAAUUCUUCCUCUGCUCAAGUCAAUCUUGUCGCUUUUUUGAGUGUUUCAUUAAGCCAUUUUUUCUCAUAUC